CAUCAGCGCAACCUAGUAUUAUCACCCCAACAGCUCCCCAAACCGUCUACUAUCCGGCAACCUUCCAUCGUACCACCUCGAAAUUAUGGAUGAAGUCGGAGGAGAUUCGCCUUGGGGUGGUAAGUCUCCUCAAGACCAUCAAACCGUUGAAAGACUGUCCACAGAGCUCUGCUAAACUGUAUGCAGAUGUUCCCUCCCAUUCGUCCCCGUCCCCGCCUGCGACAGCUUCCGAAAAUCCCUUCGCCGAAGAAUCAGGUUAGUCGCACGUAUGGCGUAGCAUAAAAGUAUCCAAGAGUCUAACUUGACCUGCAGAAUCAAAAUCAAAGUCCAAAGCACCCCAAUCUCUAACCCUCGAACCUAGCUCUGGUCAAGCUCUCAAAUCACCAUCCACACAUGGACGAGCAGCACGUACACCACGCCGCGCAGUAGCAACCGCUGUACCACUCGAUGAUUCCCUGGGACCAUUGGGACCUCUUGGUGAUAAUGCGACAACUCCGCAAUCCGAGCAGCCUCCGGCGCCUCCACAGAAGGAGCAGGCGCUGCCUGUUCGACAGGCACAUAUACUUCCCCAGAAUCCUAUUGGGAGAAAUAUGUUGGAAUCAGUGGACUACAGCGACGAGGCCGAUCCCAUUUCCCCUGGACCGAGAAUACCGCCUCCAGUGCAGCCAUCUCAGGGUGCCCCAGUGAGGAGGGAUACUCAGCCAAGUGUUAGUGUUGAACAGGCAGCCAAACCAACAUUCGAAAUCACUGUGGGAGAUCCUCAUAAGGUGGGAGAUCUAACCAGUUCUCACAUUGUGUACUUGGUUAGAACAAAGGUACGAAUCCGUGAUGCAUUUGUUAUAUACCAUAACUAAUACAGGAUAGACUACGUCCAAAGCUUAUAGGCAGCCGGAAUUUGCAGUAACUCGCAGAUAUCGGGAUUUCUUAUGGCUUUAUAAUGGUUUACAUGCAAACAAUCCCGGUAUUGUGGUGCCACCGCCUCCAGAGAAGCAAGCUGUAGGACGAUUUGAUACGAACUUUGUCGAAUCGAGACGAGCUGCUUUGGAGCGAAUGCUCAACAAAACGGCUGCUCACCCAACGCUACAACACGACGGGGAUUUGAAACUGUUUUUGGAAAGCGAGUCAUUUAAUGUAGAUGUCAAACACAAAGAAAGGAAAGAGCCCGGUCUUGGUGAGAGCAAAGGAAUGUUCAGCGGACUUGGGAUCUCUGUUGGUAGUGGUGGCAAGUUUGUGGAACAGGAUGAUGUAAGUUUUCUGUUUAGUGACAUUGGGGAUUUCUACUAACUCUCUUAAGUGGUUUCAUGAUCGUCGAAUAUACCUUGAUGCGCUUGAGAAUCAAUUGAAAUCUCUUUUGAAAGCAAUGGACACCGUAGUUAUCCAACGAAAAGGCCUGUCUGAAGCAGCGGGAGAUUUCUCGAACUCUUUACACGCCCUCUCUUCUGUUGAGCUUUCACCAUCCUUGUCAGGUCCACUAGAAGGAUUGUCAGAUUUACAGAUUCGUAUCAAAGAGCUUUAUGACCGUCAGGCACAACAGGACGUUCUGACUUUGGGUAUUACUAUUGAUGAAUACAUUCGCCUCAUUGGCAGUAUCAAAAUGGCAUUUGCUUCUCGGCAGAAGGCAUAUCAUUCUUGGCAUGCUGCGGAAUCAGAAAUGCAAAAGCGCAAGGCGACCCAAGAAAAGCUAUUACGUCAAGGAAAGACACAACAAGAUCGUCUAAAUCAGAUGCAUGCAGAUGUAGCUGACGCAGAACGAAAAGUCCACCAGGCCAGAUUGUUAUUUGAGGAUAUGGGACGAUUGAUGAGAGCUGAACUUGAACGAUUUGAACGUGAGAAGGUUGAGGAUUUUAAAAGUGCAGUGGAGACGUUCUUGGAAAGUGCAGUUGAAGCACAAAAAGAGGUAAUUUGGAUCACAGGUUCUUAUUAUGGAUUUACAUGCUAACUCUACAUAGCUUAUUGAGCUUUGGGAAACGUUUCUCAUGCAAUUGGAUGCUGAAGAAGAUGAGAGCGCCUUCUACAAGCCACCAGUUGAGGCCGCUGCUCGACCAUCCGGCGAGGGCUCAAUAGCUGGUACAACAGCCGUGGGCACCGUAACAGGAGAUGAUUCGGAUUGAUGAAGGGACAUGGCGUGAUAGCAAAAGUGUACGUGGGAGUAUCAGGCUUGGUAUAUUUUGAGACAAGCGAGUUCUCUUCUAAUGAUGUCGAUGCGGGGCGUAAGGCUAGAGAAGAAGUAUCUUGUAAAUAAACAAAACUUCACAUUCUUCAAAGCUCCUUCCAUGGGGUUCUCAACCAUGGCUUGUGAUUUUUGAUCGUACAUCUUGCCCGUCGGCUCUAUCGCAUCAUAGAAUCUUU